UUUAUCUAGCUUUCUCUGUGAUUCAAAUCAACCCUUCUAGUUUUCUUGAAAGUUUCUAAAUUAUAUAUUAGAUCAUUCUUGUGUUUUCUAUCGCUGUCUCAACAAAAAUGUCAUGCCAAACACUAGAAAACAUGUUGGCUUACACAAAUAAGCAAGAAAAGAAACCAAGGCCAGGUGCAGAACAAGCACAAAAAUGUCCAAGAUGUGACUCAACCAACACAAAAUUCUGCUACUACAACAACUACAGUCUCACUCAACCUAGAUACUUUUGCAAAUCAUGUAGAAGGUAUUGGACCAAAGGUGGUACACUAAGAAAUGUUCCAGUUGGUGGUGGCUGUAGAAAAAACAAAAGAAUAUCCUCAAAGAAAAGCCAAUUAGAUCAUGAGUCCAUUGCCAACAGUGCUAAUUAUCCACUGUCAUCUUUUACACCAUUGUCAUGUUAUGAAUCAAGUGAUUUAAGUCUAGCAUUUGCUAAGCUCCAAAAACAGGCAAGUGGGAAUUUGGGAAUUGAAGAAAAUGAUAUGUCAAUGAUGUGUAGCAAUGUUUACUAUGAUGAUUUUCUUGGUGCACAAAGGGGUGGUUUUCUUGAAUUAACCUCAAAUGGAUUCCACCAUAAUAUGUAUUAUGGGAAGGGUAAUGAUGGAAACUUGGGGCAAGUUGAAAAUGGAGAAAUAAUGGGGUUAAAUGUGAAUGCAGAAAUGGGAAUGCUUUAUGAUCAAGAAAUGAUUUUCCCGUGGCAGAUUAAUGGAGAAGUGAACAAUAUGAGUGAUUUUGAAGCUUCAAACAGGCAAAACUCGAAUGGAUUUGAUUCUUCUUUUCAUGGACUUAACCAUAGUGGUCUCAUAGCAUGAAAACCGUUUUUUAUAUUUUAUUUUAUUUUACAUGCCUUAAUUAAUGCGUGUAUUAUUGAUACAAUUAUUGUUAUUUUACCUUUAAUCCUUUUUUUUGGGCACCGUAGUUGUUAUAGACCAACUUCAUCCAUGUCACUCAAGUCAAGUUAACACUUGGUUCUAAAUUUUAGGAUGCUCACCUCAAAUGUUAGUAAUUGGAUUCUAAAUAUCGGCUUCUACUAAUGCCAACUCCAUAUAUUAUUUAGCCAUCAACACCUUCCUAGGCAUCCAAGAAGCUUGAUAGCGAUGUUUGGCUAAGCUUAUAAACUGAUUAAGUUAAAAGUGUUUAUAAGUCAAGUGCUUAUAAGUUAAAAAAAUAAGCCAAAAAUCACAAGCUAAUCACCCCUAGCUUAUGAAUUUUUAACUUAUAAGCACUUUAAGUUUGACCAAAGUUUUUACUAUUUUAUCUUUAAAAUAUUCAUUUUUAGAACAAAACUCCUACAUUGAUACUCACUGUCUCACGUAUUUUUUCAACCUAAACCCCCCUCCUCUUCAAGUCUGUAAUUUUUAUUGACUAUUUAAGGUAAAGAAAUUCUCUAUUCAUUUGCAUAUUU